AUGAAGUAUAUUACGAUCGAAGGUCGUAAUGCCGGCGCCUGUUGGGUCGAGGACCCAUACAAUCUCCAACCCGGGCCCGCGCCAGGAGCCCUCUCCAUUCUAGCAACCUUGCUCAGGGAUAUUGAGGCUGUGUUCGUUCACCACAAGAUGAGCAUCAGCGCCUCCGAGGACCCGGACCGGAUUGCCGAAGAUCUCGAGAUGACCGUCGACACCCCCCAGCCGGCCUCCUUCGUCCCUGAAUUCGUCGAAAGCUUAUCCACGCCGAGUCUCCCCCAAGGAGUGUGUCUGCACUGAUCCCGCCGAUGGGUGACAUCGAGAGGAUUGCCCAAUGCCUAAGUAUGUGGCAGGGCAAUCCUCGAGGGCAACAUGGACCCUAUCGCACGACUCUAGAGUACUUCACGUCAACCGCAGAGCGGCACAUCGACUUAAUCGCUGAUGGCCAGUUAUAUCCGGAAUACGCCAAAGAAGCCUUCGCCUUCUACACCCUGCUGCGAGAUCAAGCCGCCCCGGUCCUGGCCAAUCGAUCCGGAGACGAGAGAAAGUUUUGGGUUGCCCAACGCCUAAGUAUGUGGCAGGGCAACCCUCGAGGACGGCACGGACCUUCCAGUACGCCUCUCCAGUACUUUACCUCGACAGCAGAGUGGCAUCUUGAGCUAAUCGCUGAUGACCAACUGUACCCCGAGUAUGCCAAGGAAGCCUACGUCUUCUAUAAGCUGCUCCGAGAUCAAGCUGCCCCAGUCCUGGCGAAUCGAUCCGGAGACGACCCGAAGUUUGGGGUUGCCCAACGCCUAAGUAUGUGGCAGGGCAACCCCCGAGGAUCCUUCAGCCACCUCCCAGCCGAGCUGAUCGACUCCUUCGUCCAAAACGAGUACGACACUCUCAAGUGGCUUUUUAAAACCGGCAUACCUGUUGUCGAAGCUUACGGAUACGGUCUUGCCAGUGACCCAUCCAACCUCGUGGGCGUUAGUUACAUCUUCCUGUGUGUCAUGCCAGGCAAGCCAAGGCUGUGUUCGUACACAACAAGUUGAUAUCCCUGGCCGAACUCACCGGUCCAAGCUGACUUCGGCGUUUAAGAAUGUUACUCGUCGCUUCAGAAUCGACAAGUUCCCUAUUAAUGCUGUUUGGUUUUUCAUCUGCGCCGUGGACGGCGAGAAGGCGGUCGUUUAUGCCGACUACAAUCACAGCCCGAGAGGAUUGCCCAACGCCUAA